CAUCAACCUUUUUUAUGAGGAUAUUCAGAGACAUCGCUAACGCUGCCAAAUCUACAGCUACUGUUUUUGCCUUCCAUUUUGCGUUUUCCCUCGAAGGCAUCUCCCGGAAAGCCCCGGGAUUAGUGGACGGGUGAGCAGUCAUGUCUAGCUGUCGUUUUCUCCUACGGCUGCCCUCAAGGCACGCCGUCCCUCACAACGCGAAUUUCGCCCUCGGCCGAGGAUCCCGGGUGCUUUCCACACGUCGGUCUCUUGCCAUCGAGACCCGCGCUAGACCAUCUCCCCACUGCGUCGCGUAUCACGCAAGUGCAAGGCUCUCCUCCGCAACGGCAGCGCCGGCACCAGAGACUAUCUCAGUCCUCGACAGUAACAGCAGUUCCGUUCCCGAGCUAUACUCGCCUCCCAAGACAGGCUUGCUCUCGUUACUGCCGGCGUCAUGGGUGCCGUACGCUGAAUUGGCGCGGAUCGACAAGCCGACGGGGGCGUACUACCUCUUCUUCCCGUGCCUGUGGUCAACCCUGCUGGCCGCGCCGAUGGCAACGACGACACCAGCGUCCGUGAUCGGUACGUCGCUGCUCUUCUUCGGGGGCGCACUGAUCAUGCGCGGCGCCGGGUGCACCAUCAACGACCUCUGGGACCGGAACCUUGACCCGCACGUGACGCGUACGCGGCUGCGGCCCAUCGCGCGGCAGGCUAUCACGCCGUUCCAGGGCCUGGUCUUUACAAGCGCACAGCUAUUUGCCGGGCUCGGCAUCCUCCUGCAGUUUCCGCUCGAGUGCUUCUUCUAUGCUACGCCGAGCCUGUUAUUCGUGGCUACGUACCCCCUUGCCAAGCGGGUGACGUACUAUCCCCAGUUCGUGCUCGGGUUGACGUUCUCCUGGGGAGCCAUCAUGGGCUUUCCGGCUCUUGGUGUCGACCUGUUGUCGAACACACCGGCUCUGACUGCGGCUGGGCUGUUAUAUGCGUCCAAUGUAGCGUGGACGGUUUUGUACGACAUGAUCUACGCGCACAUGGACAUCAAGGACGACGCGAAGGCUGGUAUCAAAAGCAUUGCCCUCAAACACGACGCCCAAACUAAGCAAGUCCUGACGGGGCUCGCCGUCACCCAGGUUGCGUUCCUUGCCGGUGCAGGAAUUGUCAGCGGAGCGGGACCCGCUUUCUUCAUUGGAAGCUGUGGGGGUGCCUUGGUCACGCUAGGCAUCAUGAUCAAGAGGGUGAACUUGAAAAACGUCAAUGAUUGUUGGUGGUGGUUUGUCAAUGGUUGUUGGCUGACCGGUGGUGUCGUUAGUCUAGGACUAGCAACCGAUUAUCUGGUCAAGUAUGUUCAAGAGAACGGCUGGGAGUCAUCGUCGUCAGGCUAGGCAGGUAGGGUAUGUACCUUGGGCGUGUGCAUCCAGACAUCGAAAACAGUGAGUAAAUAAUCUUGGAGACCAAAUAAAGACACGGCGCGGGUAGUCAGUCAGUCAGUCAUCUGAGUUGACCUCAGCCACAAAUGGGUUCAAAUUGACGUUGAAAAGUUUAUUUGAGAUCGCUUAAGAAACGACUGAGCUGAGCUAUCCACCCACUUCUAAUAAUGUUGGAUUUUUGGAGUCCUAAAUUCCCUUCCCCCUUCAAUGGGGGGGGGGGGG